AUGAAGUGUUGGUAUUGGUUAGUCUCUAUUCCCGAAAAAUCCAAUCAAAAAAGGGCAAUUUUAGAUGAUUUUACGAACCAUUUGUCUUGUGCAGGUCAUAAAUAUGCAAAUGUUUUUAAAUUUAUAAUACCUCAAUUAAAAAUUGGAGAUUUAGAUUCUUUAAUUUGCCAAAGUGAAGAUCUUGCACGAUUAGAUGAUCAAGCAAAAGAUUAUAUUUUAAAAAUACCCGAAAUCCUUCGAAUGGUUUUAGACAACGAGCUUGAAAAGUGUAUGCAACAGUUAACAGUGGACAAUAAGUCGGUUGAGCAAUACAUUCAAACAUUUGAAUGGGAUAUCAUGAAAUAUAGGACAGAUCUUUCUAUUAGUGUUUUAAUAGAUAUAAUUGAAAAAGAACUUUUUUCAAUAGAAGAUUUAAAAAUGAAGUAUCAAUUAUAUAAUCAAGCAAAAAAUAAUCUUAAUGGAUUGGAGAAAAAAUACAUUGGAGAUUUAUCACAACGUACUCUAACAAAUAUUAUAAAAAGAGAACAUGUGGUCUUAGAAUCAGAAUAUCUUGAAACAUUAUUUAUUGUGGUGCCUAUUUUUAACGAAAAACUCUGGCUUACAUCUUAUGAAACGCUUACACCAAUGGUUGUCUGUCGUUCUUCUUUUGAAAUUACGAAAGAUGAUAGGUAUAUUCUUUAUAGUGUUGUUGUUUUCAAAAAGCAUACGCAAGAAUUUAAACAAAAAUGUCGAGAAAUUGCAUUUAUACCUAGAGAUUUCCAAUAUGAAGAUGACCUUUCCACAAAAGAAGCAAUUACUCUUGAAAAUGCACGGAAAAAGGAAAACAAACUUUGGUCCGAAGUCUUACAUUUAGCACAGACAUCUUUUAAUGAUACAUUUCAGGCAUGGAUACAUUUAAAAGCUAUAAGGGUUUUCGUUGAAAGUAUUUUAAGAUAUGGGAACCCCCCUAAUUUUAUUUCUGCCAUUAUAAAGCCUAACUUAAAAUACAAAAAUAAAGCCAAAAAAGCUUUAAAUAAAAUUUAUUCAAAUUUUUCAAAUGAAACUUAUGCGAGAAAAUCAUUCGAAAACAUUUCUAAUGACGAAAAAAUUGAUAAAAAUAUUUCUACAUUUAUGAAAAAUCUUCAUAUUAAUGAUGAAUAUACAGACUAUAUCUUCUAUGAAUUUUGUCUUGACUUAUUCGAUAUAUAA